AUGAAAGGCAGACAUCAAUUUCGCCGUAGAUUCAGUCUGCAGCCUUCCUUCAUGAAGGAAGAACACGAAGAAGAGAAGAAACACCACAGGGCUGAAAGAACAGAAGAUACAGUACCGAAUAGCGCCAAUCUCACUAAUAACGCAGUGAGGCACAAAAUCGUGGUACUAGGUGCGGCUAAAGUCGGCAAAUCUUCACUAAUCACACAAUUCCUAUACGGCGCUUUCUCGACCAAAUACAAGCGAACCAUCGAAGAAAUGCAUCACGGAGACUUCAAUGUAUCCGGUGUGAGGUUGACUCUCGACAUUUUGGACACGUCCGGAUCGUAUGAAUUCCCGGCAAUGCGUACCCUGUCAAUGCAAUCGGCCGACGCAUUCAUAUUGGUUUACGAUAUUACGGAUGCGAACAGCUUCUCCGAAGUCCGAGCUCUCAGAGACCAGAUACACGAAACUAAACAGAGCACGGCCGUUCCUAUCGUCGUCGUCGGUAACAAGGUCGAUCUGGCAGAGACGGGCGCGCGUCAGGUGGAGUUCCACACAACAGAAUCAGUAGUCACAGUCGAUUGGGAAAACGGUUUCGUGGAAGCGUCCGCCAAAGACAAUAUUAACGUAUCGCAGAUCUUCAAGGAGCUAUUGGUACAGGCGAAGGUUAAGUACAAUUUGUCGCCCGCGUUGAGGCGACGCCGGCGACAGUCGCUGCCGACAGGACCACAGGGCGCGCCGGGAACCAGCCCGACCCCAUCGACGCCGAGCCAUCAGCCCCACGUCCCCUCCGCGGCUCAGCUCGCGCACCUCCAACAGAUACGAGAGCGACACAGCAAACGCAAUUCGUGCAUUAUAUCUUAAAUUCUUUUAUAUCGUGCAGAUUUAGGACAAGAGGCAGUACGCGAAUUCCUUCACUGUAUCAGUACGCUCGACCUAAAUCUGCUAAGUUAUUUUAACAUCGAGCGUCGUUCAGAAAAGUGCGGUGUCGGCAACUAUAAGAUUAGACGUCAGUGUUCUCUGUGCAUAUCUUCUAGUAGAUAACAUUUUUCCUGAUGCAAAACACCGCACAGAAUCAGCCGAACGUACGCAUUAAUCUAUGAAUAACGUUUUUAUAAGACUUUUAUAUUCGAUUUACGUGUAUGUUGUCACUAUCUUCUAAAUUUUCAUCUAAAUACUGUCAAAUUUAAUUAUUAAGCUCUCGUAAUACAAAUACACUCAUGAUCCUAUAAUCUUAAUGGAUACGUGAUACUAUUCUCAGUUUACA